AUGAUGAAAUCAAAUGUAAAACACGAAGAAAAUAAAGAUCAUUUUGUCAACCGUUUUAUGGAUGAUUUCUGUUCUCUUGUAUCACGAUUCUUAGUAUCAUCUCAACGCAGACGGGUAGAUUUUGUUCCCGCACCCCCGUCUGUGUCUUCGGUUUCGAAGCCAACUGCAACCGGUGUUGUAGUUUACCCUGAAACAGGAUUAGAUGCGGUGAAUACCAUGCUGCAACUAAUGGAUCAGGCAAAACCCCGCGUAACUGCCGAUCAGAAUGAAGUGGAUUUUGCUACAGAGAGUGCUGUCUUUCUUCUGCGCUUUCGAUCGCUUCUAGAGAAACAUUUGAAUGAAGAGCAAAAAAUUCCCCUGGUUCUCCCUACCAAAACGAUUAAUCUUAAUAAUAGUAGUAGUAGUAGUAAUGACCACUCUGAAAAUGAGAAUCGCUGCAAUAGUGAUCGACGGAUUAAUCCUCACAAGCGUAUUUUAAGGCGGAUGUAUUCAUUUCCUAAUGAAAGUGUUUCGAGAGAUGGGUCUACGAACAUUUUUUUUCAGAAAAUAGGGGUUGUGGAUGCUGAAUGCCAGACAGAUACAUCUGGAAUAUCAGUUAAUUCUCAGCUCAAUGGUCUUUCAACAUCUGAAGGAAAUGCUUCUUUGAAGAGUACAUCAUGUCUCCGUGUGGCACAAAGUCAAUUGAUUCUAGUACUUCAGCAGCAUACUACUAAUAGCAUUCUUUCGCUUGACAUGUCUGCAUUUGAAUUAAAAGAAACACCAGCAAAGAAAUGGGAAUAUGAACUUCUUAUUCAAACGCGUUAUGUAGAAGGUAUUCAUAAAGAGCUUAAAAAGGAACGGAAUAGACUUUACAAGCAACACCAUGAUGGAUUAGGAAUGGAAGAGCAGGAAUCUCUUCACUAUCGUGAGAUUGAAGAGGUUAUAGGACGUCUUGAAAUGGCAGUGGUAUCUGUGGAUUAUGCGCCAAUUAUAGAGGAAUUUCAGGAUAGUGACAGAAGGUGGAGUGAUACUAUUGAACAACGUUCCUCUAGUGGUGUUAGCAACAAGGAUGACCUUAAUAAAAUAUUCGGUCACGCAGGUGUGGGCUUUGUAUCCAAGUUAGUUGUUCAAAAUGUACAUUGUUUUCUCACCGUUCUCACCUGUGGUUCUUCUUUUCCGCAUCGAUGGGUGUACCUUGAGAAGGUCCUCUUUCUAACAGAUUCGGUGAGUCCAGUACCCACUGUACCAAUGGAGAUUGGUGGUGCUCCGUCGCCUCGCUUAAGCGGAACGGGUCUGGAUAGAUCACCCUCUCGAAAUCCAUCAGCUAGUCCCGCACUAGAAGAAGAAGAAGAAGAAGAACAAGAAGAAGAAAGAAGUAAAUCAAGAAAAAACAGUGUUGCACCAGAACAGAAACGAGAUCUACAACUGCGGGAACUUGUUCAGAGGUUCAGUUCAUGCCAUGCAUAUGAAGAGGUUCAACGGCAUGGUGCUCUACUGGGUGUGAGUGUAGUGUAG